AUGGAUGAUCCCUGGGAGUGGGAUGUCGAUCGAGUCGUACAGGAACUCUGCACGCCCAACCGAUCGUGGCAUCCAUCGUCAACCCCACUCAAACUUCCGCCCUUGGAUCAAUUGGAAGAAGCUCUGCGGCAACAAGAAGUUGAUGGUGAAGUCCUUCUUACAUAUGACCAAGCCGAGCUUUGUGCAGAGCUUGGGAUUAAGAUCUUGAAGCACAAGUCCACCUUUAAGAAUGCCAUUCAAGAAAUUCGAUUACUGAGUAGUCGAUAUCGUGUCUACCGAAAGCGACAGGCUUCUGAGCUCGAAGACGUAGAAGAGUCGGUAACUGACGCUCGUUCACCUAUUAUGAUACCAAAUAAGGGCGCAUCAGAAGAGCAGAUCCAGUUGUUCAGCUCUGCAGGGGCCCGUCCCGAACAUAGACCAUUGGCAAAUGGCUCAAGUAUAACGGCUAUCGACGAACAGCCUGCCAAGAGGCGAAAAAUUACUCCGACUCUUGUUACCAGUACGAUUGAUCCCCACAGGAAUCGGAAAAUUGCUACCGAAGCCGAUACAGUAUUCCUUACACCGGCCCUGUCAUCGGCGCCUACGGAAAAAGAGCCGGUUGAGCUACUCAAUAACCUAGCUGCUGGUGCCUAUCUUGGUAACAAAUCUAUUACAAGAUUCGACAUCAUCGAUUUCUCCAAUCCUGGUCAUCUAAAGUCGCUUGGAAGUGAGGAUAAGCAGUUGAACUUUGUCUCUACGGCUCGCCUGAUCCCUGGACGCAUGAUUCAGACUCACCGAUUAAUGAAACGUCGACUGCUUCGUAAUACUGCUCCCCUUCGAACCACGUUCAACAAAAAAUCAGAUAUUGUUCAAGGAUGGGAUAACCCAGAUCAUGACAAGGUUCUCCCUUUAUAUGGCGAUUCAGACGACGACAUGGAAUAUGAUACUGAGACAUGGAGAGAAAUUGAGGCUGAGAGAAAAGAAGAGGACCUCAAGCGGUCUCUGCCUCCAGGCCUCACUGCAGAAGAGAUAAGGAUAACCAUUGAACGAGUCCAGCAAGAAAUGGUCUCUAAGUGGCAAAUUUCAAAACUUCCUAAAAACGUUAGCAAGGCAAAUCAUCUUUGGAACAAUGCGAGAAUAUCUGGUUUGAAAGAAGCGAUAGACCGGGCUCGGCGUAAGCUGCGUGUUCUUGAUGCUCGCAUUGCAAAGUUGAAGGAGACGACGCAAAAGAACGACUACCGCAACAUAAAAGAACUCGAACACUUAGUACUGUCCAACUUUGAAGUGAGUGUCUUCGAUAGAGAGUAUCACUUAUGGCUGAUUGGCCUCCUUACCUCUCCAUCUGAACCAGCCAAGGUCAAGCAGCAUCGUGAACCAAAAGCACGUCCACCUAAACCACAGCCUGACCUGGCAGAGGAUGAAGAGAUUCUAACGAGCGAAUCCGAAGAUGACUUAAAUAACUUCAUCGUUGACGAUGAGGAGCCUCUUUGCAACGAAGGUGAUUAUCUGAGUGAACUUGGCCAAGACGACUCAAUGUCGCCGAGAAUCCCAGAGACGCCGAGCCGGGUUAGACCCGAAGCAGCUUCUCAUAGGACGCUUGAAACGCCAUCAAAAGCAAAUCAACAUGUGGUCAUUGAUUUGACAACUCCCCCGAAUCGGAAGGGUCACAUUAUUCGCCUUAAAAACGGCAAGUUGGGUUCAAAGGCAUCCGAUAAAACGCAGGAGACUAUUGCGAGCUCACCUUUGAUCAUGACUAUCACAGACCUGGAAUCUACUGAGCAGAUAGUGGCGACAGCUCUAGAGACAGUCGAUCAAAUCUACCUUGACGCUAUUUUCUCUAUCAUUCGCUCAUGUGAUUCACAAGAGGUUUGGCUGGAUCUUGUUGUCCCGGCUCUGGAUAGAGAGUGGCCCAUUGCCCCUUACAACACCCAUGUCAAAAAAGACAGCCUGGCAGCAUAUACUUUGAUCCGUCUGUUCGAUGCUUAUCGAGAAGGCGCAAUUCGCAAGCUCAGAAGAUAUAGAGAUGCUGACGAGAAAGAGAAGCGACGAAUCAGAGAUCUGUACAAGUUAUACUCUGAAGAAUGGGACGCGUUCAUCAAGUUCCUCGCGCGGUUGAGCGAUCGCUUCAAUUGGAAGAAUAUCGAUAUGGACAAAACUAAACCUAGGUCGACCAAGGAAGACAGCGAGGAAGAAACAGACUCCGACUCUCGUUCAGAUGUUACGAACUCUGAUUCUGAUAAAGUCGAGCAACAAGAUGGGCCGCAAUCUGGUCAGAAAAAGAAGCGAAAAAAGAAGCGCAGACGAGUAAUGCGAAAUCAUGAAGCGGCUAUGGCUCGUGGCCGAGACCAGGCUUUCGCCAAAGAGCAAGAAAGUAGACGUAAGAAUCUCCGUGCGACACUUGCAGCAUUCGGUAGUAGCGCUUUGGGCAGUCAGCAUGGGAGGCUUAUCGUCAACGAGAGCAAAGGAGACGACCAAGGCUUCAUUUAUAUUCAUGACGACAUCGCCCCUCGUAUUAAGCAGCACCAAAUAGAAGGAGUGCGCUUUAUGUGGGACCAGCUUGUUGUUGCGAAAGAGAGGCAGGGCUGCCUUUUAGCACAUACAAUGGGUCUCGGGAAAACCAUGCAGGUGAUCACCUUGCUGAUAACUAUCAACGAGGCUUCUGUGUCCGAUGAUCCUACUGUGGUCUCUCAAAUACCAGAAGAAAUGCACCAGUCGAGAACAUUGAUACUCUGUCCGGCCACGCUGGUCAAUAACUGGAUGGAUGAGUCAUUGACUUGGCUACCAGAGCCUAACAUACUUGGUAACCUCCUCAAAGUCGAUGCUGUAAUGAGCGUCGAGGAUCGAAUCCAAACCAUUCAAAAGUGGGGUGCGGAGGGUGGUAUCUUGAUCAUCGGCUAUAGUCUUUUCAAGGCGUUUAUUGAAGAUGGAGAUAUGCGCGAUGUUCUUCUUGAUCGGCCUAACAUCGUAGUUGCAGACGAAGCACAUAUGAUGAAGAACCCCAAAUCCAAAACUCACUCAACUGCUGCCAAGUUUAGAACGCUCAGUCGAGUGGCAUUGACGGGUUCCCCAUUAGCGAACAAUGUUGAAGAAUACUACGCCAUGAUUAAUUGGGUUGCGCCCAACUACCUUGGUGAUAUACGCGAAUUUCGUUCUGAAUAUGCAAAUCCUAUCAAGGACGGCCUUCAGGCGGAUAGUACAUGGAAUGACAGACGAAAGGCGUUAAGAAUGUUGCGUGUUCUCAAGUCAGAAGUAGCUCCGAAGGUAAAUCGGAAGACUAUCGCCGUAUUAAAGCAGGGCAUACCGGACAAAACUGAGUUCGUCAUCACCGUCCCUCUCACACUGAUCCAGCGACAGGCGUAUGAGAUGUUCAUACAAUUUCACAAAGGUGGCCAAUCCGACUCAACUCAGGUGCCUCAAUUCGCAAUACAUGACCUUGGUCUGAUCUGUGCGUCUCCUUUAAUAUUCAUGGAAAAGCUGAAGGACCCGGGCGGCAAAUCGGCCGACAAAACCGAAACAGCUACAUUACCCCGAAAACUCAUUAGUGACGAAAUGGCCCUUCUACGCACCGCAGUGAGAGAAGUAAAGGACACUAUUUCGCUGUCUUGGAAGGUCCUGCUAUUGCUCGAAAUUCUUCGCCAGUGUAAGGAAGUUGGGGACCAUGUUCUGUUAUUUAGUCAUUCGGUCGUUGCCCUUAAUUAUCUUGAGGGAAUAUUACGCAUGAAAAGACACUCAUUUAUGCGCCUUGACGGCAAGACGCAGAUGGCAGAACGCCAAAAUCUAGUCAAACGCUUCAACAAGGGAAACAUUGACAUAUUCUUGAUUUCUACGAAAGCCGGUGCCCUUGGGCUGAACAUUACUGGUGCAAACAGAGUCAUAAUCUUUGACGCUCAGUUCAACCCACAAAAUGAGCAACAAGCUGUUGGUCGUGCUUAUCGAAUUGGUCAAACUAAACCCGUUUAUGUGUACCGCUUCGUUUGCGGGGGGACCUGCGAGGAAAAGUUGUUGCAUCAGGCCAUCUGGAAGAUGCAACUGGCAUCACGGGUUGUUGACAAGAAAAACUUUGUUAAAAAGGCACCUCGGCUUGCUAAAGUUUGGGAAAUGCCGGAGGAGUCCAAGCAAGAGGAACUAGACCCACUCCUGGGCAAGGACGCCGUUCUCGAUGCGCUAAUAAAGGAUACAAAAUCCAGAGAGGGUAUAAGAGCUAUACAAAUGAUGGACGUCUUUGAGGAAGAAGCGGUUGAGGAUGCUGAGUUGCUACCAGAGGACAUCAACCUCUCUAACGUGAUGAUCCAAGCUAAUGAAGCACGCAGAAUGGGACAGCCUAUUCCUGCACACGUGUCCGCCGCUCUAGCUGAACUUGGUGGAAUAGGCUAUGGUCACGACUUCGUGCCAUCGGGCCAACCCUUAUCCGUUGGUCUUCCAACGGGACAUCAGCACUUUCCACAGCCUUCUUCCACCCAGCCGCUAGAUAUAGGUCAAGCUUACCAGCCUCUACCUGUUGCACACCAGCCAAGCCACGCAAUCUUGAUGUCCUCCAGCACGCAUUUACCCUAUAACGCACGACCACCGUUAAGCUUAACACCGAUGCAGCUUCAAGGAGCAGAAGUUCAUGUUAGCGCCGUUGAUUCGGAUUGGACUACUUUGUCCGCGGUUCAGACAGAGGUAACGCAGGCAUUCACGGCUGCAGAUUUUCCGGAUCAACAAACCCGAAGUCGGGUUAGUUUUGAUGUCUCGAAUGCAAUAUGGGACACACUACAGCGUCUCCCCCCUACUGAGAAACUCGCUAUGGAGUGGGCCAUUAAGCGUGCAGUUUUCGAUGAACGUUUUGUGCAAGCUCUCAGCAUGGGUCUGCUUUCGCCCCAACAGCUGAGUCAACUGGCUCCAGAUGAUAUUGAUCGACAGCGCGAAAUAUGGAGAGGAGAAGUUCCCGCGGAAUGGGACACAAGAAAAAAUACAUGGAGCCAAAGAAACCUAGUCCGAGACCCAGAAGUAAACACCCCAGCUCAAGAGCAUCAACAUAACGCCUCAAACUAA